AUGUCUGUCGGCCUCUGUGACGAACUCGAUUCAAUCUAUCGCCGCUUUGGUUCAUCAUACGACGAGAACGGAGCUCAAGAAAUCUUUAGCCGGCUGCAAAGUCUCUUGCCACGCCUGGCCAGAGAAAUAUCGUCGGGAGGCUUGCCCCUAGACGUAGUGUCGGUCUGCCUAGAUAAGGUGCGACAGAUCAACAUUGUCUCUCACCAGCUCAGCUGUCUUGAAUCAGAAUCCGCCGAAAUAGAAGCGGCAGCCAAGCUCGAAGUUUCUGAGCUGCUACACGGGCCCAUCGGCAAGGUCGGAACUACUCCGGUGAAUCAAGACGAGGACUCUUCUGAAGAUUCCACCUCGCAAGAAGAAGACCGUUCGAUCUUGCAUUAUCGUGCGUUUUUCCUCGAGCACAUCUCCUGGCCGUACCCAUCGCCCUCGGAACGUGAACAGCUCUUAGCAGCCGUGCCUGCCCAUAAUCGUGCGCAGCUUUCGAACUGGUUCGUCAACUCACGUCGUCGAUCAGAAUGGUCGGCGCUCGCUCGAAAUUUCGGUGGCGGGACGAAGGAAGGAAUGGAAGAGCUCAUCAGACGAGUUGAAUCAGGACACGGAAGCGAGGAAGAAUCAGAGUUCGUUGAUAAAGUCCGCAAGUACUUCGAGGACGACGGCAGCUUGACGAUCAGACCGGACUUGAAGGAGAUGGUGGUAAGGAUAGAGAGGGACAUGAAGAGACAAUGUCCCAGCAAAAAGAGGAAGUUCUCAGAUAUAUGGGUGAACACACCGAAGAGGAAGCGGUCAUCGAGUGGCUCAAGGUCGUCGAGCGAGGGGUCGUCGUCGAGCGAGAGGUCGUCGUCGAGCGAGAGGUCGUCGUCGAGCGGGGGGUCGCGGUCGACUCUUGCAUCCAGUCCGACCUUCCACUCGUCUUCAACCCUCAAUGCUUUCGAAGAUCUCCAGAUGGAGUUCUCCCAACCCCAGCCGCUUCCACGUGGUCUACAAGCUCACCAUUCGUGCGUCGAUUCGCCCGCUGCCUCCUCCGAGUAUCCAAAAGCCGGCGUCCCCGCGUCACGCCGAUGUGUUUCAGAUUCUCGGUCUCACAUCUCGCCCAAGAGGUCAACACCACCUUACCGCUCCGUCUCAUCUUCGUUCGCACUUGGAAUGGAGUCGACGCUUGCCGGCUCUUUGACGAUGCCAAUCGAUCCGGAUUUUCUCGCGACGUGUCCCACGGCCGGCUCGGCUUGGAACGGCGGUGAAUCUCCUAAGACUUCGGAUUAUCGAUUCGCCUCGACUUCUCCCUCGACGUUGGGAGCGGACCAUUCGGAUGCAACGAGUCUCAACACGACGACGAUGAGCAAUACGUGGUACGAGACGUUGCAAGACGAUCGAUGGACUGACUUGUACCCAUGGCUCGGACGGAGUGGAAGCGAUUCGCUGAGCGGCGUCGAUAUGUUUGGUCAGGACGAAGAGGUGAACUGGCUGAUGGGGACUGAGCUGGUGGGGCUGUGUUGA